AUGGAAAACCAAUUCCCACUUCUUCUUCUCCUUCUCCUCUCAUCUUCAACUCUCACCUCCCAAUCUCCAAAUGCAGCCCCUAACCCUUCCCCUGCCCCCAUCAAGGCCGUCAAUCUCGGCGGCUGGCUCGUUACCGAGGGCUGGAUCACCCCCAACCUGUUCGACGAAAUUCCCAUCAACAAUGAUCUCUUGGAUGGAACUCAGAUCCAGCUCAAGUCCAUCACCAAGAACAGCUACCUCUCCACCAACAGUAGCGUUAGCCCAACCAUCACUGCAAACCAGUCUUCUCCUUCGGAGCAGGAGACAUUCAGACUAUGGCGGAUCACUGAAACAAUGUUCCAGUUCAGGGUUUUCAACUGGAGAUUCUUUGAGCUUGAUGAAGAUGAGAAUUUAGUAGCGAUUUCGGCCUCGUCUAACGACUCGGAUUCUUCGCAUACUUUUGAGGUGGUGAGGAACAAUGACGAUCGCAAUAGAAUACGCAUCAAAGCGCCUAAUGGCUCUUUCUUAGAGGUGAAGCCUGAUGGGUUGGUGAAGGCAGAUUGUUCAGAGAGAACUGAUUGGGGAGAUGAAGAUCCUUCGAUAUUUCUGCUGACUAAUGUGAAGCAGCUACAAGGAGAGUUUCAGGUCACUAAUGGCUAUGGAACUGAGCAUGCGCCGGCGGCGAUGAUGAAGCAUUGGAAGAACUUCAUAGUGAAAGAUGACUUUAAGUUCAUGUCGGAGAAUGGAUUGAAUGCGGUGAGGGUUCCGGUGGGGUGGUGGAUAAGAUUCGAUCAGAGCCCGCCUCACCCCUUUGUUGGGGGAUCACUGCAGGCAUUGGACAAUGCCUUCUCCUGGGCAGAGGAAUACAACAUUAAGGUAAUCAUAAAUCUUCAAGCCGCACCCGGAUCACAGAACGUCUGGGAUCACAGCGGAACGAGAGAUGGAUUACAAUCAUGGGGUAAGACCAACGAUACCAUCGACGAAACGAUCGCAGUGAUCGACUUCCUCAUGUCGAGGUAUGCCAAUAGAACAGGACUUUAUGCAAUGGAGCUAUUGAAUGAACCAUUGGCUCCCGGAGUCACACUUGACAGCUUGAUGAAAUACUACAAGGCUGGUUAUGAACUGAGGAAAUACUCCGAGGUGUUUGUGAUAAUGUCGAACCGAUUGUCUAUUAGAAAUCCAACAGAGCUCAUGAAAUUUGCGAGCGGAUUUUCUGGAUCAGUUAUUGACGUCCAUUACUACAACGUCUUCUCAAAACCUUUUGAGAAGAUGUCGGUGGAGCAAAACAUCAACUUUGUGAAGAAAUACCGAGCUUCGGCCAUUGAUUACUUAACGGUUCCUAAUGGCCCUCUUAUCUUUGUUGGGGAAUGGACAAAUGAAAUGGAUGUGAGUGAUGCAUCCAAAGAUGAUUAUCAGAGAUUCGGGGCGGCACAGCUUGAAGUGUAUGGUAAGGCGACGUUUGGGUGGGCAUAUUGGACUCUGAAGAAUGUUCAAAACCACUGGAGCUUGGAAUGGAUGAUACAAAAUGGAUACAUAAGUCUAUAAAAUAUUUAUGCGCAUUUACAUACAUCC